AUGCUCGGUGAUCGCCUGGGCCGCAAUCACGUAGUCAUGGAUUUUGCAAAACGCAUGUUUACGAUUCAUGGCGAAGUCCAGAAGGUUGACUUUAUCUCCCAUGCUGGAAAAUGUGUGGACGACAUCUGUAAUUCCCUCCUCGCCGCUGCGGUUACUACCAAACUCAACCUAAGCGACCUCUGUUCCCAGCCAACAUCGACCAUGCAUGAUGAGCGGAAAGAAACGUAUUCCCUGCUAAUCAAAUAUUUAGGCCUGUUUUCUUUGGAAUUGACAAAGCUGGGGCGAACAGAAGACGUCAGAGGUACGAUCAACGCGGACGAGGCCAAGACAAUGUUGCAAAUGUCUAGACGCAUGCUACCUCAUCUUCAGAAGGAAGUGAAGCCUCCCUGGGCACCGCCCAUUGUCUUAUUAAAGAAGAGCGUUGAUAGCCUACGCUUCUGUGUUGACUAUAGGAGACUCAAUACAUUGACAAAGGACAUGUUUGCCUUGCUCACAUAA